UUAUCCCUGAGCACAGCUGCCAGAGCCAUUUUAGGCCAGGGCAGCUGGGGAGGUGACUCUGGGAAGCAGAAGCUCACCCUGAAGGACGUGGCCGAACUCCUCCGGAAGAAGGAAUGUCGGCGUGUGGUGGUGAUGGCUGGUGCCGGGAUCAGCACGCCCAGCGGCAUCCCUGACUUCAGGUCUCCCGGGAGUGGCCUGUACAGCAACCUGGAGCAGUAUGACAUCCCCUACCCAGAGGCCAUCUUCGAGCUGGGCUAUUUCUUUGUCAACCCCAAGCCUUUCUUCACUCUGGCCAAGGAGCUCUACCCUGGCAACUAUCGCCCCAACUCUGCUCACUACUUCCUCCGGCUCCUGCACGACAAGGGGCUGCUGCUGCGCCUCUACACCCAGAAUAUUGAUGGGCUGGAGAGAGUGGCUGGGAUCCCUCCGGACAGGCUGGUGGAAGCCCAUGGCACCUUUGCCACUGCCACCUGUACAGUGUGUCGGAGGAACUUCCCUGGAGAGGACUUCAGGGGGGAUGUCAUGGGGGACAGGGUCCCUCGCUGUCCUGUCUGCACUGGAGUCGUCAAGCCUGACAUCGUAUUCUUCGGUGAGAACCUCCCACAGCGAUUCCUCCUGCACCUGACAGACUUCCCCAUGGCAGACCUGCUCUUCGUCAUCGGGACAUCCCUGGAGGUGGAGCCCUUUGCCAGCCUGGCCGGAGCCGUGCGCAGCUCCGUGCCCAGAGUCCUCAUCAACCGGGAGCUCGUGGGUCCCUUCGCCUGGCAGCAGCGUCACAACGAUGUGGCCCAGCUCGGGGACGUGGUCGGAGGUGUGCAGGAGCUGGUGGAGCUGCUGGGCUGGAGCAACGAGAUGCAAACACUGAUCCAGAAGGAGAAAGAGAAGCUGGAUGCAAAGGACAAGUAG